AUGUUCCUCAGGGUGAUGCUGCUUCUCUCACUGCUUCUUCCAGGUCAUGCUGCGGGUAAGAGACAUUCUAUCAAUUGCACCACAACCAAUGAUCCUCUCCCUAUUCCUCAUAAACUCUACCAGUCAGGUGAUGUUGUCAUUGGUGGCAUUGUUUCUCAGGUCUUCUUCCACCAUAAUAUCCUUUCUUUUGUGGAACAGCCUGCACAGACACGGCUCGGUAAACCAAUUUCUGUGCCCAAAAACUACCAACAUGUCCUGGCCUUGGCAUUUGCUGUGAAAGAGAUCAAUGAGGAUCCAAGAAUCUUACCCAAUAUCUCCCUGAGCUUCCACAUCUUCAACAGCUACUACACAGCAAGAAUGACCUUCAAGGCCAUCCUGAACCUCCUAUCCACACAGUAUACGUUUGUCCCUAUUUUCAAGUGUCACAACCAGAACAAUGUGAUUGCCCUUGUUGGAGGUUGUCUCUCUGAAAUCUCUGCCAAUAUAGGUAUCUUUUCAGCAACUCAUAAGACACCACAGGAGGACAAAGAGACCUGCUUAGGGGAUGAGAAGCUGGAGACUCUUCCUGGAAGCUUGCUUGAAAUGAACAUGAUGGGCCACAGUUAUAAUGUUUACUAUGCUGUCUAUGCUGUAGCACAUGCUUUGAAUGCUGUAUAUGAAUCCAGUUUAAACACAGAACAUGGUGCAUUGCCCCAGUUCACAGAUCAGACAGCAUCUGGAAAGAAGUCAAAUGUAUCUUCCGACACUGGUGGACAAAGAGGUGAUGUUGUCAUUGGUGGCAUUGUUUCUCAGGUCUUCUUCCACCAUAAUAUCCUUUCUUUUGUGGAACAGCCUGCACAGACACGGAUCGGUGAACCAAUUUCUGUGCCCAAGAACUACCAACAUGUCCUGGCCUUGGCAUUUGCUGUGAAGGAGAUCAAUGAGGAUCCAAGAAUCUUACCUAAUAUCACCCUGGGGUUCCACAUCUUCAAUAGCUACUACACAGCAAGAAUGACCUUCAAGGCUAUCCUGAACCUCCUUUCUACACAGCACAGGUUUGUCCCCAAUUUCAAGUGUCAUAACCAGAAUAAUGUGAUCGCUCUCAUUGGAGGUUGCCUCUCUGAAAUCUCUGCCAAUAUAGCUAUCUUUUCAGCAACUCAUAGGACUCCACAGCUCACCUAUGGAUCAUUUUUGCCACCACAAGGUGCCAAAAAGCAAAUGCCCUUUUUGUACCAGAUGGUUCCAAAUGAAGUCCAGCAAUACCUAGGAGCUGUGCGACUGCUUCAGCAUUUUGGAUGGACAUGGAUUGGGCUUGCAGCUGUGUAUGAUGACAGAGGGAACAGGUUCUUACAGACCAUGGUACCAAUGCUUUCCCAGCAUGGAAUCUGCUAUGAAUUCAUUCUAAGGAUCCCAAAAUUGGAUUACGUGGAUGAGAUAAUUGGCUGGGCUUGGAAGGACAGGAAGAGCUUUGAAAUUGCCUUUGCGAGCAAAGCCAAUGUUUUCUUUGUAUAUGGAGAGCCUCCAUCAGUUCAAAUAUUGAGAAUAUUGCUUUUUGUAGCACCUGUCUUGGGAUUGCCACCACUGUGUAAAGUGUGGAUUGUUACUUCCCACUGGGAUUUUGCCUUACUGCCUCUUCACAGAAAUUGGGAUACACAGACUUUCCAUGGUUCCAUCACUUUCAGUGUCCACUCAAACCAGCCCUUAGGAUUCCGCAAGUUUGUGCAGAUGGUUAAACCUUCUUGGGCCAAAGGAGAUGGUUUCAUUCAAGACUUCUGGGAAAAUGCAUUCAACUGUUUACUAAGCAUGGCUGAUGUGAUGCAGGAGGACAAAGAGAGCUGCUCAGGGGAUGAGAAGCUGGAGACUCUUCCUGGAAUCUUGUUUGAAAUGAAUAUGAUGGGCCACAGUUACAAUGUGUACAAUUCUGUCUAUGCUGUGGCACAUGCUGUGAAUGCAAUAUAUGAAUCCAGCUCCAAGCACAGAAAAUGGCUCCAUCACUUUCUAAGCAGCAUCUCGUUCAAUAACACUGCUGGAGACACUGUGCAUUUUAAUGAAAAUGGAGAGUUGGUUUCAGAGUUUGAUGUUACCAACUGGUUGCUGUUCCCCAAUGGCUCAGUGGUUAGAUUAAAAGUUGGAAGGCUGGACCCCCAGGCUCCUGCAGGCCAAGAGUUAACCAUUGAUGAUGACCAAAUCAGGUGGCAUGCAAGCUUUAAUCAGGCUCUACCUCUUUCUGUGUGCAAUGACCACUGCUAUCCAGGGUACAACAGGAAAAAGAGAGAGAGGGAGCCAUUUUGCUGCUAUGACUGUGCUGCAUGUCCAAAAGGCAUGAUCUCCAACAGGAAGGACAUGGAUGCCUGUGUCAAAUGUCCAGAAGAGCAGUAUCCCAGCAAGAAACAAACCCAAUGCAUCCCCAGGGAUCUAAGUUACCUCUCUUAUGGAGAAGCUCUAGGGAUCAUCUUGAUUUUCUUAGCUAUUUGUUUCUCAUCCACUACAGCUUUGGUGCUUGGAUUUUUUCUCAAACACAAGGAAACUCCCAUAGUCAAAGCCAACAACCGAAGCAUCACAUACAUCCUCCUCAUCUCCCUCCACCUCUGCUUCCUCUGCCCCUUGCUCUUCAUUGGACAACCGGGAAAGGUGACCUGCCUUCUCCGACAAAUGAUUUUUGGCAUUAUCUUCUCUGUGGCCCUUUCCAGCAUCUUGGCCAAAACCAUCACUGUGCUUCUGGCAUUCAUGGCCACCAAGCCAGGCUCCAGGAUGAGGAAACGCAUGGGGAAAGGACUGGCCAAUUCUAUUUCACUUUCUGGCUCCUUAAUUCAAGCAGCCAUUUGUGCACUUUGGCUGAGCACGACCCCUCCAUUUCCAGAUGUGGACAUGCAUUUACUGGUUGAAAAAAUCAUUCUGGAAUGCAAUGAGGGCUCUGCUGCCAUGUUUUAUUGUGUCUUGGGCUACUUGGGAUCACUGGCUAUAGUCAGCUUCAUUGUGGCUUUCCUAGCCAGGAAGUUGCCCAACAGUUUUAAUGAGGCCAAGUUCAUCACCUUCAGCAUGCUGGUCUUCUGCAGUGUGUGGAUAUCCUUUGUUCCAGCCUACCUGAGCACCAAAGGGAAAUAUGUGGUGGCUGUGGAGAUCUUCGCCAUCUUGUCGUCCAGUGCUGGGCUGCUGGGUUGCAUCUUUGGCCCCAAAUGCUACAUUAUUGUACUAAGGCCUGAGCUGAACAACAGGGAGAACCUAAUACGAAGGAAGAACUGA